UUGGCCUUUUCUGAUGUGGUGUAAAAUAAAAAAAAUCUGUUCAGGAGGUGGACAAUUGUGGAGCGAGAUUAAGGUAAAGUGAAUGCAGGCAGCCAACCAUUUCAGGUUGAGGUUUCAGGGGCGUGCCACAUGUGUCAGCGAUUGAUCUUGAAUGAGAAAGUCAUACUGAGCUCACACAGCAGCCUGCCAACUACUAAUUUCUGUGGGGUAAGAGAAGUAAAGGCACAUCUAAUGUUUGUGGUUUGGCUUUUUUGUCCAGAUUGGAGUUUGCCGACAGGGAGUUAUGUUCCAUGAAAAUGAUGAAAAAGUAAAGAAAUCUACCAGCGUUUGUUCUGAUGGAUCUUCGUGUCAGUUCUUGUUCGCUAACUCUGCCAGAAUGAAGAAACCAGGCUCACAUCUACACUGGUUGGACAUACUUCUGCUGUUCGCCCUAUUUGCAGGUCAGGCUUCCUGUAAUGGGACCUCUGCUGCUCCUUCCACUCUUUCCAUCACUACAACAAAUGCACAGACUUCAGUGCACUUCUUAGUUAAGGUCACCGUGGAUUUCAGUGGACAACAGAAUGAAUCACAAAUCACUGCCUGGCUGAAUCAGGUGUUCCAAAACAAUUUGCAGAGCUGUCUGUUAAGUCCCACACCUACCUCUCCACAAACUACCUCUUCAAGCACUUCAAAUGAGACGACACUUGUGAUGACAGCAACAACAACGUUACAGAGCAACAACACAACUACAGCUGCAGCAACGACAUUACAGAGCAACAACACAACUACAGCUGCAGCAACUCCAACAUCAGAGAGCAACAACACAACUACAGCUUUAGCAACGACAUUACAGAGCAACAACUCAACUACAGCUGCAGCAACCCCAACAUCAGGGAGCAAUAACACAACUACAGCUGCAGCAACACCAACAUCCGAGAGCAACAACACAACUACAGCUUCAGCAACCCCAACGUCAGAGGGCAACAACACAACUACAGCUGCAGCAAACCCAACAUCAGAGAGCAACAACACAACUGCAGUUUCAGCAACCACAACGUUAGAGAGCAACAACACAACUACAGCUGCAGCAACCCCAACAUCAGAGAGCAACAACACAACUGCAGUUUCAGCAACCACAACGUUAGAGAGCAACAACACAACUAGAGUUUCAGCAACCCCAACGUCAGAGGGCAACAACACAACUACAGCUUCAGCAACCCCAACAUCACAGAGCAAUAACCCAACUACAGCUUCAGCAACCCCAAGGUCAGAGGGCAACAACCCAACUAAAGUUGCAGCAACCCCUACAUCACAGGGCAACAACCCAACUACAGCUUCAGCAAACCCAACAUCACAGAGGAAUAACCCAACUACAGUUUCAGCAACCCCAAUGUCAGAGGGCAAUAACCCAACUGCAGCUUCAGCUAACCCAAUAUCACAGAGCAAUAACCCAACUGCAGCUUCGACAACCCCAACGUCAGAGGGCAACAACCCAACUAAAGUUGCAGCAACCCCUACGUCACAGGGCAACAACCCAACUACAUUUUCAGCAAACCCAACAUCACAGACCAAUAACCCAACUAUAGCUUCAGCAACCCCAACGUCAGAGGGCAACAACCCAACUACAGCUUCAGCUAACCCAAUAUCACAGGGCAAUAACCCAACCGCAGCUUCAGCAACCCCAACAUCAGAGGGCAACAACCCAACUAAAGUUGCAGCAACCCCUACGUCACAGGGCAACAACCCAACUACAUUUUCAGCAAACCCAACAUCACAGAGCAAUAACCCAACUGCAGCUUCAGCAACCCCAACGUCAGAGAGCAACAAACCUGCAGCUGAGACAAACCCAAAGCCAGAGAACAACAACAAACCUGCAGUUGCAGCAACCCCAAAGCCAGAGAACAACAACAAACCUACAACUGCAGCAACCCCAGUGUUACAGAGCAUAGGAAAGAGGAUAGCUCGUAACAGUGUGAGAGAAACAAGUGCGAUCAGAAAUGACAUAUCAACUGGCCUAUUUCAAGAAAUUAACGUUUCAUGCACCCCAACGACUGGAACAAGAAACACCAACUGUUCUGUGAUGCUACAGCUGAAGCAGAGCGUCCCAUCAUGUUGUAUCCUGAGGACGCUCUGUGCGGCCAGUAAAACAUCUUCUGACAUUCGUGUGGUGGGAAAAACAGCAGAUUUACAGAAUCCACUACAAAAUCAGUGCAAUAACACUAGGCCAGAGGAGAACAGUUGCAUUUAUACUGGUCAAGCCGGUGCAUCAUGUGACAAGUCGGAGAGUGCGUAUGUUCAACGCAACUCAACUUACUGUGGUGCAGACAAGGAGAACAACAACUGCAACUGCUCUGCUUAUUGCAGUAGACCUGAUGCAUACUAUACUUUUCAAAUUUCAAUUCAAGAUUCCAAUAUUAACGAUUCAUAUAUCUUAUCUGUGAUCUCUAAGGUUAAUCAACCAACAAAUUGCCCUUCAAGUGGAGGUGUUUCAUGUUCAUUGCCCAUCAUUGCAUCUGAAUUCCAGGAUGCCAUUUUGGAAUGUGGAAUCACAGAAACAAAUCUUCAAAGAUGCGAAGUCAUUUUACGCUUUGGCCACGAGGUUCCUAUCUGUAACGUGUCAGCAGCUUUGAUUCAUGUGCUUCAAUCUGAGAGAGGAAUCCUUUACAAUGGACUAGUGACCCGAGUAGCAAUUUGUGGAAAUUCAGAAGUCAGCGACAAUCCACUAAACUCUGAGUUUGUAUGGCUUAUGGUUCAAGUGAAGCCUGCUGCCUUUUGUACAACACGAAUAGGUUUUGGCAACCAAACGUGUCCAAAGGGAUUAAAUGCGGUGUUGCUAAUGAAAGAGCAGUGUGUGGGGGUGUUUACUACACCCAGCCCAAAUGUGACAACGGCACAACCAAACACCACCACGGUGUCUGCAAAUGUGACUUCAUCCCCGCUUAACACAACAGUUCAAGCCCCGAAUGCCACCACCACUGCUGCUAAUAUCACGGCCUCAGAUGAAAGCCAAGCCAACGCACUGCUUGAGUUGACCAGAAAUGUGUCUAGGUUGAAUUCCAGCCAGGUGAAUCAGCUGGUGUCUCAGCUGGAGAAACUUUUGUCAGGCCCGAGCGUCAGUCUGGCACUGGGGAACACUUCCGUUGCCAUCGUCAGCAAUCUCCUGGGUGCUUCUCCUGAGGUGCUGUCAGCCUCCUCCAACAGGAUUAUAGGAAUUGUUGAUACAGUGGGGUUAAAGCUGGUCCUUAACGGACGGACUAAUACCCUAUUGUCCCCGGAUGUGUCUCUGUCUGUGAAACCAGUAGAUGGCAGCAACUUUAAGGAAACAAUUUUCUCAAUCUUGAACCCCACCGAUGUACAGGUCAGUGGAGGUCCUAAGCUCAGAAGAAGUGUGAGAACAAAUCCCUCCAUCCCUCAGGGCUCCAUCACGCUGCCCUCCUCUCUCACACAGAACCUGACUGCUGAGCAACAACGGCUGGCCUCCAGAGUCCAGUUCACUUUCUACCAGGAGAGCACAGUGUUCCAGGAUAAAUCUUUGGGAAAACGCAAACUUAAUAGUGGCAUCCUGGGAGCGACUGUGGCCAACCUGUCAAUCACAAAACUGCAGGACAAUGUUAUAGUUCAACUGAGGAACACAGAGCCCAUUCCCGCUAAUUUCGUGGCUACGUGCGUUUUCUGGGACUUCAUAUUAAACGAUGGAUCAGGUGGUUGGAAUUCAAAAGGCUGUUUUGUCAAAAACAGCACAGACAACGAGACAAUUUGUGGCUGCAAUCAUUUGACCAGUUUUGCUAUACUGCUGGACCUUUCCAAAGAGCCUGUAACAAGUCGUCUACAGAACACCAUUCUUACCUUCAUCACAUAUAUUGGCUGUGGACUCUCUGCCAUCUUCCUGUCUAUCACCCUCCUCACCUACUUGGCCUUUGAGAAGUUGCAGAAGGACAUUCCAUCCAAAAUCCUUAUCCAGCUGUGCCUGGCUCUGCUGCUGCUGAACCUGGUCUUCCUGCUGGAUUCAUGGCUGGCUCUCUACCCAGACGCUGUGGGCCUCUGCAUCUCCACUGCCUGGUUCCUUCACUACUUCCUGCUGGUUACCUUCACCUGGAUGGGACUUGAGGCCGUCCACAUGUACCUGGCCAUCGUGAAAGUCUUCAAUCGCUACAUAUCACAUUACAUGCUGAAGUUCUCACUGGUUGGCUGGGGUGUCCCGAUGAUUGUGGUCAUUAUUGUCAUAGCGAUUAACAAGAAUAACUACGGUCUUGUCUCCUAUGGAAGGUUUUCUGAUGGCUCUAGUGAUGAAUUUUGCUGGCUGAAAAAUGACAUUGCUUUCUAUGUGGCAGUGGUGGCCUAUUUCUGCAUCAUCUUUCUGUUUAACCUUGUCAUGUUCGUUGUGGUGUUGGUCCAGCUGUGUCGGAUUAAGAGACAGAACCCUCAACAUUUGCAGCACCGCACCACGAUGCAGGAUUUGCGAAGCGUUGGGGGGAUAACAGUCCUCCUGGGCCUCACUUGGGGCUUUGCUUUUUUUGCCUGGGGCCCUUUGAACCUGCCAUUCAUGUACCUCUUUACCAUCUUUAACUCGUUGCAAGGUUUCUUUAUAUUUGUGUUCUACUGUGCGGUGAAGGAAAAUGUGAGGAAGCAGUGGAGGACCUACUUGUGCUGUGGCAAAAUGAGACUAGCGGAGAACUCAGAAUGGAGCCGCACUGCAACACAGAAGACUAUGAAGAAGUCAUCAGUGACCAAACAAAGAUCUCAUCACUCCUCAAGUUCUUCCCAAUCCAACAAUUUGUCCAGCUCCUCUUUCCUCGUCAAUGACUCUUCAGAGCCGUUUAAUGGCAUCGGUAACCCAUCUGGAGACAGAGCAAUCACAGCAGAUGAAGACGGUAGGGAUGUGGUCCUCAACGAGAACAACAGGCAGCACAGAACCCAACAAGCGCCCUGAUCCAAAAAAGACAGACUUUUUGAUGCACCUUAUUUUGAAAUACUUCUGUAUGUUGAUAGAGUCAUUUAUGUACUGUACAUCUGCAUGUCAUAUACAUCCAUAACUUUCUUUUUACAUAUAUAAGCACAAGGAACCAAAACAACCAUUUUUGUUGUUGUACAGUUAUCUUAUCAAUGUAAUAGGUCAUAUUCCAAUGGUAUGUUGCAUACAGUGAUCUUGACCCAUGAAUAACAAGUCAAUAUGAGAACAGACCAACAGACUGGUCCAAGUUCAGUUUAACAACUUCAAAAACAAUAGUUAUUGCAGCUUUCAAACAGAAGGGACACCAUGGUGCAGUAAAGUGGUCCAGAAAGUUUUAAACUCCCAUAUGCUGAAAAUAAAUCUUACAGCUACAUUUCUAAUUAUAGAUUUAAGCGUUGUGUUUUCUUAGCUGCCAAAGCCCUUUUGAUGAAAGUACUUCUAAAUGUCAGAAGGAAUUACAUCCACAUUCAGUUGAACUAAUUAGAGCAACAAACUAGAUCAUUAACACAACUGUACAAACCUUUAUCAUUGGCUGUUUCUGCAUGGUAUUCCUGUUCACUGUUCAUAUUGACAUGCUUUCCUUAAAAUAUUCCAAGGGUGUCCUUAAUUAUUAUUCAUCAAUUCUUUUGGAUGAAAACAAAACAACAUUUCCCCCCAAAAACACUUUAUUGAAGAGAUCAAAGAAGGUAUCUCAAGUGUGACCGAACAGCAUUUGGUUAAAUUAUAUUGAAUAAAUAAAUGUAACCGAGUCCCACAGGGUUGAUCAUGAAUAAACGUGCUGUGUCCUGUAUAUGCAAGCUACAUUCACUGUCCUUUACAUGCACCUCAUAUAGUCUUAAAAAAACUUAAAAUAUAUCAGGAGAAACCAAAAGGUGCUAAUAAAACAUGACAUAAAAAUAGCACAAGCACAAAAAGGUGGCAAAGUGGUGGAAUCGUUUCCCUUUUAAAACAUAUUUGGACUUAAACACUUCAGUCUCACUGGGCAUGGUCACAUUGCAUUGAUACAAUCCGAAAUAAUCAAAUCACAUUUGAGAGGCAGUAACAAAAACAGCGUAAAAGCAACUCAGUUCAGCUAUGUUGAGGCUAUAUAUUGGCCUAUCACACGACAUGAGCUCAUUACUCAAAAGGAAAGAACUUAAAAAACCUAAAGAACACACACGUGUUGAGGAUGUAAGAUUGGUUACACCACAUUAUCAGUGUGUCUAAUCACCGUUUAAACAUUGAACAGUUCCUUCAGAGUACAUGCAAAUG